CCCAGUCAUCUCGCCCCCUCCACCGGCGAUCACUAGAGAAACGCAAAUGCGACUGAACCAAAAUCUCCGAAAUCCAUAGAAGAAUAUGAAGAGUCGAGGAUAUGAUUCUUUAACCGACUGAGAGAAAACCCCAUGAACACCCAGGUAACACCAAUUUCGUCUCCCUACUGUGCGAAAUCCGCUAUUGAUUUUGUUGACCAAGGUUUAAUCAGCGAUCAAUCUGUUAAAACAAGUAAGAGAAAUACGAGAAAAUAUAAGAAUUGUGACACAGUUGUCAAGGAGAAAGUGAAUAAUGUUAUUGUUUCUCCGUAUUUCGAGAAAUCUCUCAUGGCUAAUAUUGAUGAAGACGUGGGUAGCGAAUCUGUUGUUAAAGGCAGAGAGGGGAAGGGGCAUAGGAGGAAAAGAAGCUCAAGGAAGAAGGAGGAGAAAAAUUGUGACACAGCUCUUAAAGAGACAGUGAAGAACAACGUUGUUGUUGUUUCUCCGUAUUUCGAGAAAUCUCUCCAGGGUUUGGAAUCUGUUGCAAAUGUUAGUGUGGGGAAGAAGCGUAAGAGGAAAAGAAGCUCAGAGGAGGAGGUGAAAAUUUGUGAGACAGAUGUCAAUGAGAAAGUGAAGAACGUUGUUGUUUCUCCCUAUUUCGAGAAACCUAUCAAGGGGAAUAUUAAUGAAGACAUUUUGGGUAGCCAAACUGUUGCAGAUGUUAGAGAGGGAAAGGAGCAUAAGAGGAAAAGAAGCUCAAGAAAGGGGAAGAAAACUUGUGACACAGAUAUCAUAGAGAAUGUGAAGAAUGUUGUUGUUUCUCCAUAUUUCAAGAAGCCUCUCAAGGGUAAUAUUGAUGAAGACAUGGGUAGUAAAUCUGUUACAAAUGUCAGAGAGGGGAGGGAGCAUAAGAGGAAAAGAAGCUCUAGGAAGGAGAAAAGUUGUGGCACGGAUAUUGUAGAUAAAGCGAAGAGCGUUGUUGUUUCUCCAAAUUUCAAUAAAUCUCUCAAGGGUGAUGUUGAUGAAGACCUGGAUAGCAAAUAUGUUGUUAAUGUGAGAGUGGGGAAAGAGUGUAAGAGGAGAAGAAGCUCAAAGAAGAAAAAGGGCGAGGCACAAGUCUCGGAGGUUACUUGUUCUCCAUAUUUUGAGAAUGAUGUACAGGAGAACGCAGAGAAUGUCUUUGUUGUGCCAUUGAAACAGGUUAAACGGGAAGAUAGAGGAAAUGGACCUGUUAAAGAAGUUAGAAUUCUUGAUGUUAAGCCCAAGGAUAAUGGGGAAGUGGGAAAGAAAAAGAAGCAUAAACGAACAGCAAUGAAGGAAGUGCCAAUUCAGUCUCCGUAUUUUGAAAAAGCUGUUGGCUUUGAUGAAAUAAGUGGCAUCGAGCCUUUGGUCUCUAUGCAAGUCAGUGAGGUGAAUAGUGUAGGCAAGAAAAAGAGGGGGAAACCAGUUAAGGAACAGAAACAAGCGUGUGAAACAAAAAUGAGUGAGUGUUAUGGUGGUGACAAUGAGAAAAUUGGAGUUAAAGACAAUUCUCUUGCUCCAAAUACUAAUGUUAAUAAUUGUGAUUGUAAUAGUGACCGAGUCCAAAAUAAAGGUGAAAGUGAGACAGCUGAAAGGGACAUGAAUUUCCAUUCCACUCAUGUGGAAUUGGAAGCAGGGGUCAACAAUAGUUUGGAGGCAAAACAACUGCAUGGUCUUCCAGUUGAUGAAGAUGUUAGUUCUGUGGUUCAGAACAGUGCUGACUUUUUCUCUCAAUGCAAAAGUGGAAACUCUUUGAAGGUAAAAAAUGAGACUGAAGAUGAAAAUGAUUUCCUGAAACCGUUACAUCCUUGUUGCUCUAAGAGGACCAAAGUUGAAGGUGAAUAUGGCAUGUUGAGCAUGAUUUCAGAAUCUGAUGAAGGGAAUAUGAAGGAGUGCAAAGUAAAAAGCAAAGUUACUGAUUUUUUUAGUGAUCAAGAGCAAAAAGAACAAUGCACAAAAAAGAGGGAAAAAGGAACAAGGGAGGAGAUAAAUUGUGGCAGGGCUGUCGAAGGGUCUGUGGAGAGAGUUGCUUCUCUGUAUUAUGAACAAUCUCUUAAAGGUAGUAUUGAUGAUGACAAGGAAAGUGAAUCUGUUGUAAUGAUUAAAAAGCGAAAGGAAAAGAAGUCAAUAAGAAGCUCAAGGAGGAGGGAGAGUGAUGCACUAGUCAAUGUCAGUUCCUCUCCAUGUUUAGAGAAGGGGUUUCCUGAUAAUAUGAAGUCCAUAGAGGGUGAAGAAGAGGGAAAGGAAAAGAAACGAGAACAAAGCACAAAGGACAACCAAACUCAAGUUGCAGUAAAUCAAGCUUACUAUUAUGAUAAGAAAGCAGUUGACUGCAAUGAAAUUAGAGGCAAUAAACCUGUGGUUUCUUUUCAAGUGACUGAGGUGGAUGACGGAAAGAAAACGAAAAGGAGGAAAAGUGUACAUGCAAGGCUAGAAGAAAGGAGUGAUUGUUAUGACAUUGACAAUAAACAAAUUGGAGAAGAAGAUUAUAUGGUUGCAACAAAUAUUGGGGCUAGUAUUUGUGAUUCUGAGGGAGAUAUAGUACAUAAUGAGAGUGAAAAGAAGCUCAGUGGAACGUGUGUCAAUUUCCAUUCUCCUAAGGUUGAGUUGGAUGAGGGGAUGGGGAAUCAUGUGAGAGCAGAUGAAGAACAUGGUGUUUCAGCUGUAGGAAAUGUUACUUCUGUGCCUGUUGAUUUUGGGGCUAGAGCUGUGGGUCAGAACAUUGAUGAUUUUUUCUCUCAGUUUGCAUAUAAAGGUGGAAGCUUUAUGAAGUCAAAACAUGGGGCUGAAAAUAGUGAGAAUUCCUCUCAGGGGAUCAACAAUGAAGAUCAAAAUGACAAGUUGGGUGAGGUUUCAAAACCUGCUUUACUUGUAAAAGAUGUGACACAUUCAUUUGUUCAUUGCCAAGAAGGAUCCUUCUCUGCUGAUGGUCAAGCUGCUUUGUCUGGGGAUAAGAGGAUUAAGAGAAAAAUACACAAAAAUGUUAAAGUUGUUUCUCCUUAUUUUGUGAAUUCACAGGCUGGGGAAGUUGUAGAAAAUGGAGGUCGGUAUAUCAAAGUUGAAACUAAAAAAUCUUCAAAGAAGCGCCUCCCCACAAAAAAACUUUCUCCCUACUUUAACAAUUUAAAGCAAGAACAGGAGAAUGGAGUUACUGAUUCCUUGGAGGGGAAAACAGAUUCAACAAAGCGUAAAAAAGGCCCUGCAAAAACUAAAACUACAGUGUUAAUCAAACCUGUCCUCUCUACUGCUCAGAAGCGAGAUGAAGCUUAUCUAAGGAGGAUGCCAGAUAACAAUUGGAUACCACCACGUUCGCCUUAUAAUCUCCUUCAAGAAGAUCAUGUCCAUGAUCCAUGGAGGGUGCUGGUGAUUUGCAUGCUUCUUAAUCGUACAACUGGUUUGCAGGCUGGGAGAGUCAUAUCUACUCUAUUCACGUUGUGUCCAAACGCAAAAACUGCUACAGAAACUGCUGCCGAGGAUAUUGAGAAAGUGAUACAACCUUUAGGCUUGCAUAAGAAGAGGGCAGUUAUGAUCAAGCGUUUUUCUCUGGAAUAUUUGGGAGACGGUUGGACUCACGCAACACAGCUGCAUGGUGUUGGCAAGUAUGCAGCUGAUGCCUAUGCAAUAUUUUGUACCGGCAAAUGGGAUCGUGUAAGGCCAACAGAUCACAUGCUAAAUAAAUACUGGGACUUUCUCACUGAGCUUCAUGCAAAUGAGCAAAGAGUCGGUGCCUUCAUGGAAUUUGCAAGGGGCUUUAUAUGGGAUGAUUUUGUAAUCUUCAAGUGGAUGUUUUGUACUCCCCUUGUUUCCCUAAUUGGGCAAAAAUGGAGUUAAUACCCAAUUUAGUUAUCAACUAUGGUUUUUCUCGAUUUAGUCAUAAAUAUCUUUUUGUGCUUAA